AUGAAGACGACUACCGCUAUCGCUUCCGCUGCCGUGCUCAUGACCGCUUCGGUCCCUGGUGCCGACGCCCACGGAUACAUCUACGUCCCCCAGUCGCAGUUUAAGGGCGGCGCCAACUCGCAAUGGAGCGUGCAGAUCGACCCCGUGUGGCCGAGCAAGGACUGGUACGGCAACACUCAGAAGAGCGUCCAAGUGUUCAACUCUCUCAAGGGGUCCCACAACUACAAGGACCUCCGGACGCUUCUGGACGACACGUCCAAGUACGGUCCUAACUGUGGCUACACCAACCCGAACGGCACGCCGUACGGCCACUCGAACGUGAACGUCAAGACGGAGUUCCCCGUGGACUACUCGUACUGCAAGGCAAAGGGUGGCUGCAUGAUGCGCUUCUACUGCUUGGCAUUCCAGGCGCUUGGAAAGAAGACCGUGUGGCAGACCUACAAGGACUGCAUCCCUUUGAAGGCGUAA